AUGAUGAAGCCCGCCGGCGCCGGCGCAGGCCCCGGCCCCGGCCCGGGCACUGGCGCCGUCGAGGUCCGCGUCGAGCGCCCGCAGCGCCCGCCCGUGCACCACCCGAACACGGCCCGCCUCAGGGCGCGCCCCUACUACCGCCGAUGGACGCCCUGGCUCGUCCCGGCCGCCUCCAUCGCCUGCGUCGCCGUCUUCCUCGUCACCAUGUUCGUUAACGACUGCCCCAACCGCAGCGCCGGCAACUGCACCGCGGGGUUCCUCGGCCGAUUCGCUUUCCAGCCGCUCAAAGAGAACCCGCUCCUCGGCCCAUCCUCCACCACAUUGCUGAAGAUGGGAGCUCUAGAUGUAUCUAAAGUUGUGCAAGGUCGCCAGGGAUGGCGUCUGAUUACGUGUAUCUGGCUCCAUGCUGGGGUUGUUCAUUUACUCAUCAAUGUGCUUUGCCUUCUAUUUAUUGGUAUUCGACUUGAACAAGAAUUUGGGUUUGUGAGGAUUGGUCUUGUUUACCUCAUUUCUGGUUUUGGUGGAAGCUUGAUGUCUGCUCUUUUCAUCCGAGCAAGUAUUUCCGUUGGUGCUUCUGGUGCUUUGUUUGGACUGAUAGGGUCGAUGCUUUCUGAACUCAUCACAAAUUGGUCACUCUAUGCAAAUAAGGUGGCAGCAUUACUAACCCUGGUACUUGUAAUCGUGGUGAACUUGGCCCUUGGGAUACUCCCCAGAGUGGAUAACUUUGCUCAUAUUGGGGGUCUUAUAUCUGGGUUCCUUCUUGGAUUUGUUGUCUUCAUUCGACCACAGUUUGCGUGGAUUAACCAGAGAAGAGUAGCACCUGGACCACACGCUGCUCCUGCCGAACGCAAGCACAAGACAUAUCAAUAUAUAUUGUGGAUAGUUGCUGCGAUUCUGCUGAUUGUCGGGUUCACAGUGGCUAUAGUUCUGCUUUUCCGGGGAUAUAAUGCGAACGAUCACUGUUCUUGGUGCCAUUAUCUCAGUUGUGUUCCUACUAAAAAAUGGAAGUGCAACUCGUCACCGACAACAUGCACAGCAAUGCUACAGGGAAAUACCUUGAACUUCACAUGUGAAGGCAAAGGGAUACACCGGAGCUACAUUGUGGCUGAAGCUACGCAAGAUAAGAUAGACCAGCUCUGCAACCAGCUUUGCAGUUAG